AUGGUGAAUUACAGGGUGGGGCGCCCCUCCCUGAUGAGCCCAUUGUACGCCCACACCCCACCCACACCCCACCCACACCCUCACACCCAUCCCACACCCCGCCCACACCCACCAACCCUCCCCCAUGUCUCUUCAUACGCACCCCACCCAUCCCUCUCUCACCCACUCACCCAAACAGCCACGCCCUUGAAAUACACGCCCAUCACAGUCUAUACCCGUCUAUAUCCGCCCGUAUUCACACUAGGGUACCUCUCACGCCCACUUGUCCACCGCCGACUGCCUGUACACGCCUCCACGCCCUCACGAUUUUAG